AUGUUUUCUCUUGGAGCAACGAUAGGUUCCGCUGCGCCCCGCAUCACCGUCAAGAAGGAGUUCGGCAUGGACAGCUUCGGGGAGCCAAGGCCUCUGUUGCUGGCUGCCGUCGUCAAGAAGGAACUCAGAGAGGACGGCUUCGUGGAGCCAAGUCCUCUGCUGCUGGCUGCCGUCAAGAAGGAGCUGGGCCUGGAGCCAGGCCCUCUGUUGCCGUCUGCGCCUGCAAGCGAACAACAGGCGUCCAGGGACAGUGCCCCGUCAGAAGCUCAGGGCCUUUUGCAUCCUCACAGUCUGACCGAGGACCUGCCGGGAAGCGAAACGCCCAGACCGUCGACGGCGCCCUUUGCCGGGAAGCGCUUGCGCCCCCACUGCUGGAACGUCUGGACCGUCGUCGGCGUCCUCUUCGGCUGCUCCGAGGAAGUCAAAACCGUCGUUGGCGUCCCCCAAGGCUGCUCCGGGAACGUCAACGUCAAGACCGUCAUCGGCGUCCCCCAAGGCUGCUCCGGGAACGUCAAGACCACCGUCGGUGUCCUCCAAGGCUGCUCCGGGAACGUCUGGACCGUCGUCGGCGUCCUCCAAGGCUGCUCCGGGAACGUCAACUUCAAGACCGUCAUCGGCGUCCCCAAGGCUGCUCCGGGAACGUCAACUUCAAGACCCUCAUCGGCGUCCCCCAAGGCUGCUCCGGGAACGUCAAGACCACCAUCGGCGUCCUCCAAGGCUGCUCCGGGAACGUCUGGACCGUCGUUGGCCUCUUCGCCUGCUCCAAAGAAGUCAAAACCGUCGUCGGUGUCCUCUCCGCCUGCUCCCAAAAAGUCAAAAGCGUCGUCGGUGUCCUCUCCGCCUGCUCCCAAAAAGUCAAAACCGUCGUCGGCGUCCUCUUCGCCUGCUCCAAAAAGGUCAAAACAACUGUCGUCGGCGUCCUCCUCGGCUGCUUCAAGAACGUCAAAACCGUCGUCGGCGUCCUCUUCGGCUGCUCCGGGGACGUCAAGACCACCAUCGGCGUCCUCGAAGGCUGCUCCGGGGACGUCAAGACCACCAUCGGCGUCCUCGAAGACUGCUCCGGGAACGUCAAGACCUGCAUCGGCGAUCUCCGUGGUUGCUGCGAGUACGUCCAGACGGACGUCGGCCGUGCCUCAAUACACCGUCGUUGGCCAUGGUACCUCGUUCAGGGGUUGGUGCUUAUUCUCGGGCUGCUCGGAGAGUUUCUCCUCCUGGGAAGCCUACCUGGAGCACUCCAAGUCGAAGCACGACCCUUUCGUGUGUUCAGUCUGCGGGUUUUCUUCACACGGGAAGCCACACGGAGUGAUGGACUCGACCUGCUCGCUGUGCCCAGCGCGGUUCACGGAGAUGCAGCUUCUGCGGACCCACCAGAAGGGCUUCCAUCGCGUGGUCGAAGCUUCUUCGCCUCCGGGCAACCUACGUGUGGUUGGAUGGUGCCCCUCCCUGUACUGUGAACACCCCGCCAGCUCCUGGGAAGAUCACGUGUCGCAUCAGAGGACGUGUCACCCACUUCCACGAGGCUCGGGGGACGCGAUGUGCGACUUGUGCCUGCAGACGGGUCCAGCCAGCGGGCUGCCGUACCACGUCCACGCGCACCACUACGAAGACACGGGCUGCCCUCUGUGCUCCGCCCGCAUCAUCGGCGACCUGUCGCAGCACAUGGCGCAGUUCCACCACGUGCGGCGGGACGGCUCCGUCCCGGCCGUGCUGGGGUGGUGCAUGCGAAGCGGCUGCCAUUCGUCGUUCAGCUGCUGGGAGGACUUCGUGCAGCACUUCAUCCACUGGCACGCCAACGUCCGGGACCCCGCCCUCACGUGCCACCUGUGCCUGGCGCCGCUCAAGACAGCCAGUCACGCCCAGCAGCACAUGGACGCGCACUUCAAUCCUCGGGCUGAGCAUUUCACGUGCAGUGGCUGCCCGGCCCGGUUUUUGCAGAGGAAGUUUUUCAUUGCGCACAUGAAAAUUUUCCACAGAUUUGUUUUAACUCCGUGUGGCCGGAAGUAGUUUCCCCGGGCACGCGAGAUCGCUGUUUGUGAAUCUUAUUGAUGUACUUCGGAACUCUCGGCCACUUUUUAUUAUUGGAACCCAUGUCUGAGACGCAUGGAGGAACAUAAAUGUCUUUUUGUAUUUUAUGUAUAUUUACUGUAGGUUUUAGACUUAAGGUGAUGGGAACGGGUAGAAAAUUAAGACUUGCUUUUAUUUUUUUCGUGCAGCGUCCUGUACUAGUAAUUUUAAUUCUUUUAUGCCUCUGUCAAAUGAACAGCGGGGUUACCCGUACGAAUACCUCAGAGCAGGGCUCCGUUGCUUAUUCUGAUUGAACGUUUCCAGUUUCAUCUUCCGAUGUCUCGUGAUGGUCUGGGCUAUAUCAAUGAUAACUUCAUUUGUAAUUGAAUUCGUAAUUACAUCGUCGUAACUUUGAGAGCUCUUAAUGAAAUUGUUAGUGAAAAAUCUGAAAAUUGAAUGUUACAGAGCUCUGCGUUCGGGUCUUUCCCUUACACGUUUAUACUUGAUGUUGAGUGUGGCGAGAAAUGAAUUUAUAUACCAAACAAGUGUUUUGAUUUUAAGAUAAUUGUCUUCUUGAAACUACCUACCAGGUGUCUUUUUAAUCACCUUUUAGUUUUAAUGGAAUUUGUGAUGUAUUGAAUUUUGAUUUUAAAGGCUUUCUUUAUGGUAAUCUAUCUUUGAAAAUUUCGGAGAUGCAUAUAAUUCUUGUCAGGUUGCGUCUCGCUGUUUGUUUCCCAUUUACAGUGUUAGAAAUAUAAGUGAAGGAAAAAUAUAUACAUUCUAGUUAAGAA